AAGGUCUUUGUUGGUGGCAUCCCAUACGAAGCGCGCGAACAGGACUUGCUCCGCCACUUUGAGCGUUACAGCCCCCUGUCGGCCAAUGUGAUCCUCGAGCGCGAGACAAACCGUUCUCGUGGGUUCGGUUUUGUGACCUUUGCCGACCGCAACACGGCUUCCGAAGCCAUGCGUGCCAUGCAUAACAGCUUCAUCGGCGAUCGCCAGGUGCGG